GGUUCAGUAGUCAUUUGUUGAACAGAUUAGCUGGUUCAACUUCUCCUCGAGCUGCCCAGUUUCUUAUUUUUUUUUUUCGUGAUUCCUCCCCCCAAAAAAUGCGUUCAGUUUUGUCUCUAAUCGCAAUUGCCGUGAUUGCAACGGCCACCACCGAAAUCAGGCAAUCGGACGAACACGAUUACUUCCAGCCCAACAGUUAUCCGUACCACAAUUUGGCAUCGGUAGAUCCUCGACAGGAGAUGAUGACUUUCUCGUUGAUAUUUCCUGUGAGGCAAACGCGACCGACCAUCAUGGAAUUCACCACCAGUACUUCCACCAUUGUUUGUACGAAAUACGUGGACACACCUUGCAGUCUUCGCACUUCCACUGUUGAAAGACCGGAACGACCCUCUCGUCGUCCAGCGUGGUUUAUCAGACGUGGACGACCUUUGCCAGUUUAUCCUGAAACGAUGGAAAACGAAAGAGACGCCGAUAUUUUAAUGGACGAGGAUAUGGAACAACAGUUCACCAUUUUCCCCACUGCCGUCCAAAGAGUUGAAAGUACCCGGCUACCAAGAUUGCCGUCAAGAGAGAAUCGUGCUGCCGAUCCUCAGUUAGUAUUUAUGUACGGCAAUCGACCUCAAGAUAUUGAAUCAGGUUUCCGUAGCGGCCCGUACAAGCCGGUUUCUCUGCCAUUCACUCGCAGAUACGUCCAGUCGGCCGCGCCCCACAAUCGGCAAUUUUUCCAAAAUUAUUGGACAUUGACGAGGAGAGCUACCGUAAUGGAAAUCACUGUUUCUACAUCGACUCCAGUGUGUUCGAAGGCUGGCAACAUUCCGCAAUGUGCCAUUGAGGAGCUCGAUCGAAAAUGUCACAACUAAUAACGUGUGUGCCAACAGCCAUUCGUCCUAUAUUUCGUUUUAGUGUAUUGAAGUUUGACCGAUCGACGCAUUUUCGCACUGAACAGUUUAAAGUUCGUAAAUUAUUGCGAUCCGAAUUGUAUAUGUAAUGUUUUUAGUUUUGUAUGGUGGCUGUGAGCUGGAUGGGUGUAAUCAACUCUAAUUUAAUCCUCACCAUGUUGUUCAUUUCGGCAUACCUCGUCCCACAAAAAAUCUUUGUACGGAAACAAUAACAUGGCAAUAUAAUGCAAUCAAGUCAUCAG